CCUGAAGCCCGAAUAGGCUCUGAUGAGAGAAUCGCAGCUGCUUCCUCAGUCACUCAACUGCUUUUUACAUCUUUUUUCUUGUCCGUUUUCUUGGUCCAAAAGCAACAGAAAUGGAUGAAGAAAAGCAAAAACUAGACUUUAAUAGGCACUAAUGCGCGCUUUUUAAGUCGUGGAGCGAAAGCAAUUCGACUUUUUAUUAAGGAACGCUUUUGUUUUUAAACUGGAAAGUGAACAAGACAAAAGGCUUUCCAUUGGAAAUGGUUUGGGCCUAGAAGAUAGCAGAGCAACAUGAACCGUGAAGACCGGAAUGCUCUACGUAUGAAAGAAAGGGAAAGGCGAAAUCAAGAAAUCCAACAGGGCGGAGAGGCCUUUCCAGCUAAUUCUCCUCUCUUUGCUGAGCCUUAUAAAGUUUCCUGCAAAGAGGAUAAACUAUCUAGCAGAAUCCAGAGCAUGCUUGGUAAUUACGACGAAAUGAAAGAACUUAUAGGAGAUAAAUCACUUCAGAAGCUCAUCGUAAUGCCCAAACCAACUGUCCCAUCUACACCAGAAGACAAAUCUAGUCCCUCUCUUUUUAGGGAACAACAUAGCAGCAGUGGCUCAAGUCAGAGCAGCAAAUGGACUCCCGUUGGACCUGCUGCAAACAACAACUCCUCCUCUUCCUCUUCCUCAACAACUUCUUCACAAUCACAAAAACGAUCUAGUGUACAGAGCAGCCACAGUAGUGGCCAAAGGACUAGCAGCAGCAGUACCCAAAGACAUGAAAGAGAGUAUAUUAGUGGACAAAAGAAAAGCAAGCAUGGGUCAGAACAUUCAAAAUCUCAUUCAUCCAGCCCUACCAAGGGUUCUUUGAAUUCUAGCCAUUCCAGGUCUCAUGGUAGUGAACACCAUAGUAAAGAGCACCAUCGGUCCAAGUCACCACGAGAUCAUGAAGCAAACUGGGACUCUCCUUCUCGUGUACACACUUUUUCAUCAAAUGGUCAGCAUGCAAACCAGACUUUUCCACCAUCAUUGAUGUCAAAGCCCAGUUCAAUGCAGCAAAAACCAACUGCUUAUGUCCGUCCAAUGGACGGUCAGGAGUCUCUUGAACCCAAAAUGUCAUCAGAGCAUUACAUAAGUCAGUCACAUAGCAGCAACAUUGCAGAAAUGAAACCAAGCAGCAAGGCAUCUCUUGCUAAACUCAAGAUACCUUCUCAACCCCUAGAGGCAUCAAUGUCUGGUGAUGCUAACUGUGUAGAUGAGAUUUUAAAGGAAAUGACUCAGACAUGGCCACCUCCGUUGACGGCAAUUCAUACACCAUGCAAAACGGAGCCUUCCAAAUUUCCAUUUCCUACAAAGGAGAGUCAGCAUUCAAAUUUUAGUACUGGAGGGCAGAAGCGAUAUAUCUCACCUAAGCUGUCAAGUGGUCAGCCUUCCAAGGGUUGUGAUGGGGAUCCAGCAAACAUGCUAGAGGAUGACCUUAAACUAAGCAGCAGCGAAGACAGUGAUGGAGAACAGCAGGGAUCAAUAAAAACUGCACCUAGGAAUACAUCUGCAAGUAGUAAUUCUGAGCCAUCCCAACACAACAGUGAAGGGGCAGAGCAUUCACGGGAUGAUUCUAGCAGUCACAGUGGAACUGAAAGCAGUUCUGAAUCUGAUUCGGAGAGUGAGAGCAGUUCUAGUGACAGUGAGGCCAAUGAACCAUCGCGUGUCACAUCCCCUGAGGUGGGAUUUAAACCUGAACCACCACCAACAAACAAGUGGCAACUUGACAACUGGCUAAAUAAAGGAAACAAGGUUUCACCAGCAUCUUCUGUGGAGAGCAAUGUUCCACCGAAUUACAAGAAGGAAAACCGUGACCAGAGUACAGGCAGAGGGUAUCCUAACCAAAAUGGGUCCAAAGAGUUCAAUGCCUCUACUCCUGGAAGAGACUCUCGUGCCUCCCAGAAGGUGUCUGAAACUGGUCGUGGUCGGCAAAGAUCCCCUGCACAAAGUGAAAAUACAACCCCACAAAGAAGAUCAGUAGGUAUAAAAAAGCCCAAAAAAUCUGAAAAGCCACCUGUGCCUGAGGAACCAAAGGGUGGUUUAAAAGUUGAAAGUGAAACUCCUCCUGAAAUCCCUUCAAACCGGCCAAAAGCAGCAACAAAAGGGCCCAGAAAACUCAGCAUUAAAAAAGAGUCAAAGUCAUCACCUCGGCCUGCUCCAGAAAAGCGUAAAUUCAAGACUCCUAGCAAGACUCCACAAAAAUCUAGAGAAUUUGUAGAUACAGACAACUCAUCCUCUGAUUCAGAGGGAAAUGAAAGCACCCCUUCCUCCUCACAGACGCCAAAAUAUUCUGAAAGUGUGCAGACUCCAGUGAGCAAACAGUGUACAGAGGAUGAGGAUGGUUUUUUUAGGCCAAGAAUUUUCUCUCCUAUGGAAGAGAAGGUCCCACUCUCUCCCCUGAGUGAUCCAGAUGAUCGGUAUUCUGUUAUACAGUCCCUGAUUGUUAGGAUUGAUUUGACUCUUCUGAGCAGAAUACCAGGAAGACAGUUUAAGGAUAUAGAACACUCCAAGGUGGAGAUUGAGAGCACAGUGGAAAGGGAAAGUAAAGAUUUUCAGAAACAGCCUUUGGAGAGGAGUUCUGCCAAAGGCAAAAGAAAACAUAAGAUUGAAGAAGACAGUGUAAAGAGUGAGAGUAAAAAACUUAAACUGGAAGAGAAAAACAACUCAAGCCACAAAACAAGUGUCAGUAAAGGUUUAACCAAAAGGUCUGCAGAGAAAGAGAAAGAACCAGUACCAUCUCCAUCUGUUACUGCUCAGCCAAAAACCCCCAAAACUGAGCAAAGUCGUAAGCGAACCGCAAGUCAGUCAUCUGCUUCAUUGUCCAAUAGUAACAAAGACAACGCCAAAAGCAGUACCAAGAACAGCUUGAUUUCCUCUAAGCACAGGAAAAAUGAUGAGAAACAGUCUGGGACAAGCAAGGAGAAGACUUCAAAAAAUUCUGAAAACCAUUCUCUUCCUCUUGCUACUUCAGAGAAGUCUAGAAGAUCGAAGCUAGCAUUUGAAGACAGAGUAUAUUCUGCAGAUCAUUAUUUGCAAGAAGCCAAGAAGCUGAAACAUAAUGCAGAUGCUCUGGUUGACAGGUUUGAUAAAGCGGUCUACUAUUUGGAUGCAGUAGUUUCUUUCAUUGAAUGUGGAAAUGCACUUGAAAAAAGUGCCCAAGAAGCAAAGUCUCCUUUUCCAAUGUAUGCAGAAACAGUCGAACUUAUCAAAUAUACUAUGAAGUUAAAGAGUCACAUGGCUCCUGAUGCUACAUCUGCUGACAAACGGCUGGCUGUGCUAUGUCUUAGAUGUCAAUCUCUUCUCUACUUGAGACUGUUUAAGCUAAGGAAAGAGAGUGCACUGAAAUAUUCCAAAACACUAACUGAACACUUGAAAAAUUCCUACAGUAAUAACCAAGCUCCAUCACCUGGAAUGGGCAGCAAAGCAGUUGGUAUGCCUUCCCCAGUGUCACCCAAGUUAUCCCCAGGUAGUGCUGGAAACUACUCAUCAGGGGCCUCAAAUACCACAGGAGGUGCUUCUUCUGUCACCAUUCCACAGAGGAUUCACCAGAUGGCAGCCAGUUACGUUCAGGUCACUUCCAACUUCUUAUAUGCUACAGAAGUGUGGGACCAAGCUGAGCAAGUGGCAAAGGAGCAGAAAGAUUUUUUUACAGAACUGGAUAAAGUAAGAGGCCCUUUGAUAUUCAAUACUAGCACUAUGACAGACUUGGUGCGAUAUACUCGACAAGGAUUACAUUGGCUUCGACAAGAUGCUAAGCCUGUACAGUAGAAGAGUUGAAAAUGCAACUUUGUUUUUAAUACAUUUUAGUUUUUUUCCUUAAUAUAUAUAUAUACUGCCUCAGAUUUCUCCUCAACACUGUGUCCAUUUUUAUAUCAAAUAUUGCCAAAAAAGCCCUUAGGAACAGAAAUGGUGCAAUCAUACUAUAGAUAAAGGAAAUUUCUAUUUUGUGCAGUUUGUAUUUACUACCUUUUGAGUUGUGGUUGGGAAGAGGUCAUAGAAAUUGUGGCCUAAAGCCAUUUCCUCUAAUGUGAGACAUUAAUGAAGGUGUUACAUUUUUAGGGUCUAAAUAUUGAGUUUCUUUUUGCUCAUCACUGAACAGUCUUAAACCUGUUCAGUAUGUCAGUUUUUCAUUUAUAGUAGUAUAUCUAUCUAUUUUUCGGUAUAGACCCAAAUAUUUAUUUUGCUACUGUUGUGGUCUCUAAUCAUAUAUAAAGACAUGCCAAGUAUCACUGAAUUCACCAGUAAUGUCAGAAAACCUUAAGUGCUUACAGUUAGAGCUGCAGACAGAAGUGUUUUCUUUUUAUUGUAUUUUUAAAGACGUUUAUGAUGGGAGACAUUUUAAAGUUAUGUAAAGUAUUUAAGUGCUGUACGUGAAUGCAAAUGCAGGCUUAGGUAUAGCUCAUGACUUGUUAAGGGAAACAUUGAAAAAUGCUGCUUUUAAAUUCUAAGUAAAAAAUAUCAUGUAAAAAGAGGCUGAGGUGAGUAUUAAGGGCACUAUAAAUAUAUUGUUAUUCAGGGUUUAGAUAGCUGAACAUCUGACCAUGCAGGGUAAGAAUUUUAUUUAUUUAAGGAAAAAACUUUAUCCCCAUUAAAUACGUUUAACUUAAUCAUUAUCCCCAGUUCUGUAAUAUCUAUAAAAUGAUUCAGCUGCUUUUUAAUUUGGUUUUCAGAUAAAUAUCUUUUGUUAACCAAAGUACCUCUUUUAACCAAAGGUGCUUUAUGUGUGUGUGUGUGUAUAUGUAUGUAUGUGUAUAUAUGUAUGUAUAUAUAUAUAUAUAUAUAUAUAUAUAUAUAUAUAUAUAUAUAAUACACACACACUCUCUUUAAUAUCUGGCUCUGUGUACCUUGUAAAUAAUAUCCACAGAGGCGACCGCAUCUCAUAUUUUUUUUUUUUAUUAUUAUUUAUAAUGUGUGCAUUCUUUGAGCACACCUAAGCAGCCAAAUAAGGUGAUGCUUAUUUCAGAGUAGAACAUACAUUUGUGGUUGUAUACUAAAUACAGCCAGUGCUUUUUUUGUGUCAAUUUGUCUAUUGCUUGAACAGUGUAGGAGGGCCCCAAGUUUAUAUACACACUAAAUUAUAUAUCCCUAAAUUGGGAGCUAGCUUUCGGUAUCUUUGGUGCAGGUUACAUUUUGAGUCAGUUCAUAAACAACACUGCACAGUAUUUAAUGGAUAAACAAAAAAUGAAAUAGUAAUGGCAGAACUUGUGACUGAUCAGCUGCUUGUCUUACUGACAGCAUGUCAUUUUAUUUAAAAUGUGGUAGUUAAGUCAAGAAGACCUGUCAAUUUAUAAGCUCACUGGUGAUUCUUUUUGGUUUUUUAACCUUGAGAAAAUACUUUGGUCAUUACUGUAUUUGUAGUUUUAAGCAUUUAAUGUGCUAUGUAAUGAGUUUUAAGUUAUUUCAAAAAUGCAUUUUAAGCUUUUCUUCAUUGUUCCUAAAUUUUAAUCCCUUGAUUUUUGGGGUACACAUGGACAGCCUUUCAAAAAUAUUUUAUAGAACAUGCAACUAAACUAGUUAAAUGUCUCUUUGUAAAGUUAAUGUUCUGCCCCUGGUUAUAUUAGUAAUAUGGCGUGUUUACAAGCUUAGCAGGAAUUGCAAGGUUGCCUAAUGCUUUGAACCCCCGCUACCUGGAUUUGUAUCUCUGACAGGCUACUAAUACUGUGUGUAUCAUCGCAGUUAAACAUUGCUAACACGCCAGCUUUGUCAAGAUUUUCUUUUAUUGUUUUUCCUUAUUAACUCAAGUUGCAUGUCAGAAUGUUUUUGUGACUUAGUAGUAUCUAUAUAGUUAAAGAUAAGUUACAAAAUGCAGCACUGUAUAUUGAUGGGGGUUUGAACAAUUCUACUGCUUAGCAAUUCCUUAGCAGUGUUUUCACAUGGUCUCUGUAGCCUUUUCCUUUUAAGCUGUUUAUUCUGCAAAGUAAACAUGCAGAUAACAAUAAAGCAUCAAAGUGCAGUUGCAGAUAUUUUACAACAAGAAGUACAGCCACACAUGUAGGUAAGUGCACUUUGGUCAGCACAGCCAAGCAGGUGUGGAUAUUCCUUAUUUGGUCAGAAAUCACAACACAGUGUGUGGCUUUAAGUGCAAAUGCCUUGAGUAUUAAACAACACUUUAGCAUUCUCUCAGUACAUUACCAUCUGUUGACAAUUUCAUCUCUUUGCAGAUGAAGGCCUCUCAUACUCAAGAGUUUAAACUUGUGUAACUUAUAGAUUUUGAAGUUGUAUUAUUACAAUGUUAUUUGAUUAUAAAAUAAUUCUGAGACCCAUUUUCUUCUGCCAUCUUGUAUUUAAUGAGCAAUACUGUCGAGAGAGCUAUACUGCCAUCUCUUACCUAAAAAUAGUUAUGCUAGUCAAGGAAAGGAAAAUACAAUUUUAGAAAGUAUCAUAGUUCUUGAGGUUGGCAAAAAUAUAUAGUGAUUCAAAAAAUCUCAUUCUUUAUGCAGUGAUCUCCCCCCAUUCAUAUAAAUAUUGUGCACAUGCAACAUUUUAACAAAUAAGUGUAUCUGAAGUACACCAUCCUGUAAGAAUGUUAGCCAAGGUGUAUAUCUGGAAGACGUCCAGUAUAUUGGGCUUUGUAUAAAGUGUAACUUUUCAGACACUCUAUCUUGGUAAAUGUGUUAGAAGUCGAAGUACGACUUUCUGUUCUGUUUCAUGCUACAGUAUUUCAGUGAUCUUACUGUUGAUUGUUCCCAAAGAGGAGGGUAGAGCAUAGUAUUGAACAAAAUAAACCAGAAGAAGCCCCUUUUGACCUCAUCAAGGUAUUUUCACAGGUUUAUGUAGAAAUGUUUUUUCUGAAAGGUUUAAGCCAAGUUGAGCAGUAUCUUAGUGAAUACAUUUUUCAAAUUACACGUACCUGCUUUUUGCACAAGAAUGUAAUUGGUUGGCAGCUCUAGGGUUUGUGUGUGAAUUUCAGUUUUGGACACUUUAUUUAUGGAUAUCAGAUCAUAUUGGAACUGAAGGGCAAUGAUCAAGUAUAAAUUCAGUCUGUUUUUCUGUUGCACAAUUUCUGGUUGGGUUAUCAAACAAAACUUUGAAAUGAAUCGCAAGUUAAGAAGCCUCCUACAGCUGGUAUAUGCUUCCAAGUAAUUCUUGACCUAUUUAUAAUGGACUGAUUCAUUUUAAGCUCUCAACAUCAGGCAGUUAAUGCAGCUUGCCAUUUUUAGUAUUUUAUUGAUGUGAUAACCCUGCAAUUUUUUUUUGUAAAAGGGAAACACAAAUUACUAUUUUAAUAUGCCAGGAAAGCAUUACUUUAGCACUUGAUUUAAAAUAUUCAGUAUAAUUAAAACAUGAUAAAGUGGGCGUUAAUUAUACUGUUAGUGAAGAUUUGAUUCCACUGGUCCUUCCCUGAACUUUUCACUACCAAUAAUAUACAAAAAUGAAAUCGGUCCAUCCCACAGGCAAGCAAGACUACAUUGGUUAAAAGAGCUAUGCCAUUGACAUUUCUGCAUUUAUGUAUCAUGUUCUUAUGUUCAGUUACAUUAACCUUUUUUUAAUUUUAUAUCAUGUCAUCUCGGUUAAUAGACCAGUUCCUUGCAACAUAUCAACAAAGACUGUUUCUGGGGGGUGAAUGCUUAAAACUUAGCCUCUGCUUUGCCUACUGAAGCUAAUUAUUAUUUUCCCUAAUUUUCUACCUUAAUUUUAUAAUUUACAGUGGAAUAAAAUAUGGCAGUGUUUUUGUAUUUAUUAUCUCAUUAUGUAAUAUACCCUCUAAGUACACCAGAUAUUAAAGCAUUUAUUAUAGAGUAUUUAUGUUUCUGUAAUGUAUUUCACCAUUAUUUAUUGUAUAAUCCCGUUUUAUGUGGUUAUAAGGCUUAAAAGCACCUCAGUUUUGGAUAAUGUUGCUGAAAAGAACACUUUGGACUUUUUAUGAUUUUUAUUAUGAGGGAUAAAUUAGUUACGUUAAUUGUCAGAUACAAGCUAUGUACAAAAUGCCAUGCUUUGCCUCUACUAUAAAUUACAGGGGCUCUCAGUCUAAGACUUGAAAUCUUGAAGAGUAUUUAUUGAUUCAAUGGCCACAUGAAUCGUAGCACAUGAUAUAUUCUGUUAUAAAUAAACUGUAAAUACUAAAAAGCUUACUUUUUUGCUCCACUUUAAACUUUUACCCUGAUUGUUGUCCUGUAAUUAGAAAGUAUCUAAGAAUUUUACCCUUUUUUUAUUAUUUUUAAAAACUUGUUCUCCUAAUCAAGUGCAUUGAAGAAAUGUAUAUAGUUUGUGUUUUUAAGAUAUCUACAUUUUUUUUCAAACUCCCAUUAAAUGGAAGUUUUGAUACAAUAAUUGAGUGGCACCUGAUGAAUUAUUCAGAAUGUGACAGAUAUGUUUUAACCAAUUACUGUCAGCUGUAAUUUUUCUGUGAUUUAAACAAGUUUAGAUCAUGUUCAUUUUAAGUGUACACUCUUACUUUCCCACAGUGUAGUGGGAAGGCAAGUUUGUUUCAAGGCUGUCAACUCUUGGUCUUAAAACUAUUAUCAGCAAUAGCUGAUUCAAAACAAAGUAAAACUGUGGAUUGUUUAAAAAAAAUAUAUAUAUAUAUAUUAUGGAUGCAAUAUGAAAGAAGUAAUUUAAAAUAAAAGAUGUGUUUUAUUGUGAGUAUUAUAUAACCCGUAACGAGUUUUGAGUCUGUCUUGUAUAUUCUUUGUAUUUUUGUUGUAUUGGAAUUCUAGUAAUACCUUUUAGAAUGUCUGUAAUCCACAUUUUGUGUAUUUUUUAAUAAAAUAGCAAGUAAAUAUUUGGUAAAAGUAUCACAUUUUAAUAAUGUAUAAAAUACAGCUUUAUAAUAACUGUUAAAAUGCUUUGUAUAAUGCAGAACUGGAACUUGCUGUAUGUUCAAGAACUAAAGUAGAUUUUCUGUAUUAAUAAACUUUAUAAUUCUUGGGAUUUA